UCCGGUGGCUGUGGAAGGCGGGUGAGCUGCAUCGAUCGCGUGACGGAGCCUGCGCCAGCCGCCGUCGUCAUGUCGGUGAUCAAGGAGCACAGCAAAGAUGCCGGCCCGCUGCAGCGGUAUUUGGCAGAGCAUAUGACGCCACUGAAUCCGCACCUCGUCAAGUUGCGCGCUGCCAGCCUGCAUGACGUAGACCACGCCAUGCUGAGCGCCUCCGACCAGAUGAACUUUCUACAGCUGCUGCUAAAGACGCUUGGCGCCAAGAAGACACUCGACGUUGGGGUGUUCACGGGAUACAGCGCUCUGGCCACCGCUCUCGUCCUGCCACCUGACGGCAAAGUUACUGCCUGUGACGUCACAGACAAAUGGUUGAACAAAUAUGGUCGUCCAGUAUGGCGAGAGGCCGGUGUGGAGAACAAAAUCGACCUGAGGAUCGCCCCAGCCACCGAAACUCUUCAGGCUCUGAUCAACGGAGGCGAGGCUGGCACCUUCGACUAUGCCUUCAUCGACGCCGACAAGACCAACUACCUCAACUACUACGAGUUAACGCUGCAACUGCUGCGCGUUGGCGGCAUCCUGGUCGCCGACAACGCCCUCAGAGGCGCCAGGGUGCUGGGGGAUGAGGACGCCAUGGACGAGAACACGCGCACCAUCCACGAGAUGAACAAACGGGCCUCCUCAGACCCACGAGUCCACGCCAGCCUGCUCAACCUUGGCGAUGGCGUGUUGUUUUGCCGACGCGUCAAAUAAGGCGUGGGCAGUAACGCUGGUGACGAGAAGCGGUAGAUUUGGGAGCAGAAGGGGCAGCUGUCCGCCCACAUCUGCGGAAAUUUGGCUUUGAUUGUAUGCGAAUGUAUUAACAGACGUAAUAGUUUUAAAAGCCGUCUUCCAAAUGAACUGUUAGCAUACGCAUUCAAUUUUUGGUAAAUAUACGACCCUAUGCCGUACAUUACCUCUUCCCCUCUCAACUCUAAUUGGUUGUUACUACCUGCAUUGAUAACGCCGACCCUCACGCUCUCCUCAGUUCUACAUUAUCUCAACAUACAACAACAAAGCCAACAACCACGUGCUCCCGAUCGUCCACCUGGUUGUACCACAAAUAUUAUGUUGAGCGACACAUCAACAUAUAUUGAGGGUUGUUUUCCAGCUUGAAAGUGAAAAGUGUGUGAAGGUGCACUAU